AUGUCUACUUACGAACCAUACAUCGGGUACAACGGUCCAAACGCUAGCUUUGGUAAAGGACUGAUGGUGAAAUAUGAACGUUUAGGAAAAUGGUUGACGCCAUACUGGGAUGGCAUAAUUAAAGAAUAUAAAAGAACCCAGUUAAAAGGAUUCGCCUACAAAAUCAUUUAUUAUGAAACACCCGAGCGAAUUCCGGAAGAAUAUCAAAAGUCAGACCUCUGUGGUGUCUGUCGCGAAGAAUUACUUCCGCAAUUAACCGAUAGUAUUACAAUAUUAACUUGUGGACACGUUUUUCACUGUAAAUGUCUUGGACGUGAACCAGUUUGUCUAUUCUGUUCGGAAGAACAAGGAUCUACAAAACAUACAUUUAAUUCUAAUGAGUGUUACGAAUAUAACCACGACGAUAAUAACGAUCAUGACAAUCAGGAUAAUUUUGAAUGCCGACUCAUCGUCAUCAUCACAAGUAACAACAGCAGCAACAACGGCGGCAACAGCAACAACAGAAAUAAUAGCAACAGCAGAAACAACAGAAAUAAUAGCAACAACAGAAACAAUAACAGCAACAACGGCGGCAACAGCAACAACAGAAAUAAUAGCAGCAACAGCAACAACAGCAGCAACAACAGCGGCAACAGCAACAACAGAAAUAAUAGUAGCAGCAGCAACAGCGACAGCAACAGCAGCAACAAUAAAAUAUAA